GUUUUUCUAACCCCUGUUUUGUAUCUGCGUGUACUGUGUACUGGUUAUGUGUAUGUAGGCUACAAGAAGCACCUAUUAGUCAGUUUCAAUCCUGGGAUCUGUUGACAGAAAAGAGAGAAACAAACACAGUCAAGACUAGAUUCUGGUGGUAGACUGCACAAGAAGGUCGACCAUGGUUGAAAAGGGCAUCCUGGGUUGUUUCAUCUUGUGUCUGUCUCUGACCUCAGUAUGCGCUGUCAGAGGAACCCUUAAAUCAAUAGAUGAUCUCAAGGACAUACAGUUUGGUCACACCUUUCCUCGACACGGCCUCAUGCUGCUCCACUGGCUAGCCAACAACAUUUACAUUGACAACAACGGCAACAUGAGACUCAAUUUCAACCCAACCAGUGGAGACAAUGGCUUUCAUUUCUAUGGAAACAGACCACCUUCAUUACCUAUUCUGCAUCCUGAAAGCGGAAGUUACUACUCACUAGGGAAUAUGAAGAGAAAUGGCUCAAGGGCACUUCCUUAUUAUGUAACUCGAAGAUUCUACAACUCAUGGGGACCUGAGAACAACAGGGACAGGGUCAUACUCAGAGUUAGGGAGGAUGGGUCCAAUCAGUUCAUUGCAGACGAGGUCUAUGUCACACAGCACUAUCAACAAAAUGAAAACAGAGGAAGUGGCUAUGAUCCAGCCAAUACAAACCGUGUCAAUGUCAGCCUCCUUAGACAAAUCCAAAGUCUACCAACCAUUGACCAAAAUGACAUUCCACGUAUAUAUAAUGUAGAGAUCAACCACAACAGUCUGCAAGAACUGGAAAAGAUCUGGAGACACACACCUGGUCUGGCACUUCUUCUGGCAAUUGUAUUGUACUUUACACGUCCCAAAACCUUAUUUAUUAAGGAGCAAGCUCUUCGUUUAACAUCUCUUCCCCAGAGUGGCAUGGAGGAUAAGGAUAAUGCAUUGAUUAAGCUUGGUGUGAAAACCACAGAUAGAGGAAAAGCCAGGAUCAUCUGGAGUGGGAUCCCCAAGAGGCUAUUAGACCAGGGUGUAAUGGUGAUGCUUUAUAAGAGCAAUAACAGUGACAGUAAGAGCGUGCUGGACAGAUCGUCAGUCGGGGGCAAAGCCUCUGGGAGCUAUAACACCUCAGUACCCCUUAACCCUGGUCUCCAGGUCCGGCUCCAUAAGGAGGUAAAAUCAUGGUGGAAUUACUUGGGGUGUGGGUCCACUAUCGGAGAGGAGAUCUGGAGAGGUUCUGAGUUUCACGAUGCCAACAGAGAGAUUCCUGUUGAUAUUAACGGACAUGACGCCAGUCUGCAGCUAUUUGUAAAGGAUGGAAAGGCCUGCGCUCGUCUGUAUGUAAAGAAAUCCUUCACUGCCUGGAAGAAAACUUUUAAUAACUCCUGGGUUGGGUUCUACUCUUCUGAAGGCACCCUGGAUUAUAACACCUGGCAAUGGGCUGUAAAGUUCUCUGAGGAAAGCCACUCUGAUUGGGCAGAUAUACCUGGGUAUGAUGUCUAUGUGUACAAGUCUAGUAUGACCAUGUCUCCUGGGGUCCAGGUCAGAUUCAUGAUGGAGAAAUCUGGGGGUGAAAAGGCACGCACUCCACCCUGGGAGAGACUUGUCCAGUGGUGAGCUCACCUGAACAUGAUAUAUGACGUUGAUAUUCUCAUUUUUAACUGCUUGUGUAACUGCUUUUGUUAAUGUUUAACAUGUAUGUACCCUGCUUUUAAUUUGGUUUAAUUGCUAAUCUGUGUCAAAUGUAAAAGAGAAUCUGUUCCCAAAAAUCCCUUCUGUUCAUCUUUCUUUGCUAUUUUGAGGGGAUGACAAACAUGCUGUUGGUGUGGGUGGGUGGCUUGACCUGUCCUCAUGACAAACAUGCUGUUGGUGUGGGUGGAUGGCCUGACCUGUCCUCAUGACAAACAUGCUGUUGGUGUGGGUGGAGGGCUUGACCUGUCCUCAUGACAAACAUGCUGUUGGUGUGGGUGGAUGGCUCGACCUGUCCUCAUGACAAACAUGCUGUUGGUGUGGGUGGAUGGCUCGACCUGUCCUCAUGACAAACAUGCUGUUGGUGUGGGUGGAUGACUUGACCUGUCCUCAUGACAAACAUGCUGUUGGUGUGGGUGGAUGACUUGAUCUGUCCUCAUGACAAAUCUUUCAGUAAAUUACAUUUUAUUUUUCUCUUUAUGAUGUAUCAUGGGCUGGAGAUCUUUGUAAAGAAAGGGGGGAUACCUAGCCAGUUGCACAACUUAAUGAAUUCAACUCAAUGUAUAUUCCACAUUUAAUCCAAACCCUCUGAAUCCACGCCAUCGGUGCUCAGGGAGCAGUUGUUGGGGGUUAAUUGCCUUGCUCAUAUGCAGAACAAAAUAUUUUUCCACCUUUACGGCCUGGGGAUUCGAACAAGUAACCUUACUGGGUUGAUGGCCCAAUGCUCCACCAGGCUGCCUGCUGCAUUUGUAUGGUGUUGACUGUGUUGAUUGGUUCUGUUUAUUGGUGUUAAUUUUUGUGUUUUGUGAAAAUUCACAAAAAAAGCUAUAUGAUAAAUUCAGGCAAAAAUGUACAAUAAAAACCUAAGAAAAACAAA